CCUAUAGUAAUGCAGCAGAGCAACCAAGAUCCCGCUACGAACAGAUGCCUAAACUCAAUGAUUCAUUAAUAAUGUACAACCUCGAUCCUCUAAACAACGUGUCAUCAUCUAUGCGAUAAGAUGCGAUUUGUGGUAAAUUAGCCUGUGUGGCGUCAGGUGCACCGCCAUCUGGGGAUUUGCGAUCGCCAUUUGAGACCGAGAGCUAGCUACCACUUCAUUUCCUUUCGAUUUCUUUCGCGCAUUAUUUCCAUUUCCAUUUUCAUUCUUUUCUUGUUGUUUUCUCCCCUCGCAAUCUAGCAAGACGAUGAAGUCAUAUUGAUUUUGUCUGCUAUUUGUUAGGCAUUCUCAAAUUUGAAGCAGCACCGACAAUGGCGGUACUAAGUACCCAGCGACGGAAACCCUUCUUCCGCGUGAUUUUUACUCUCAUCUGCUUUGUUAUUAUCGUCUUAUUCUUUGGCUUGGAGCCUUCUGAUGAUAACGUCCCCUAUAAACAACGUGGCUUCUCCCAUGAAAAAUUCUCAAAUUUGGGUAUGGGAGAGGGGCAAUGUUUGCGCACAUUUCCUGGGCUAACGAAGGAGAUUGAUUUGAGUGUCGCGCGGUUGGGCGAAAAUGGAUUUGAGCUAGAAAAAUCAAGUGACGAUACGAGUGGCCUAGUAGAAGGCAGGAUAAAGAACAAUAAGGUAGGAGUAUUUUCCGUUCUUACUUCCUAUUUUUUCAUUGAAGCGCAGGAUCUUGAACUUGCAAUUUCGACUAAAGUUUGUGCACAUUAGUUGUAUAUUAUUUCCGCAGAAAGAAGGCCAAAUCGCGACAUGCUUUUCGAGAGACAAGCAGUACUCCACUCUUUACAUCGAGCGAUCCUCACCUCACCCACCCCUCUGCCAGAUGCAGUCUUUGCUUUGAGCAUAAUCGAUAGUCCGCGACAGAAUGCUUGGUCUUUUUCGCGAAGUAACGAUCCAAAGAUUCAAGGAAACUAUUGGCUUAUGCCACACUUCGCGUUUUGGUCCUGGCCUAAAAGAUUCAUUGGGACAAUUGACGAAGCACUUUCGAAAAUUGCAGUGGUGGAAAAAGAUAUGAACUGGCAUAGCAAGAUUGAGAAGGCGGUAUGGAGGGGGACUGUGUGGUUCAACAGUUUGGGAAAUACUCAACUGCGACUGAAAUUAAUCCAAGCAACAAAAGGAAGAGACUGGGCGGAUGUACAAGAUAUGAAGUGGGUCACAAAUGGUGUUGAUGCAGAGAAUGCGAUCAGCAUUGAGGAUUUUUGUAAAUACAAAUAUAUCAUCUAUACCGAGGUAUGUCUGACAAACCUUUUGCGCCUGAAAAUUACUGUAUCUAAUGGGAGACUUUAAAAGGGGGUUACAUAUUCCGGCCGUCUUCCUUUUCACCAAGCAUGCAGAUCUAUCAUCCUAACGUCCCCGCCAACAUACUUGAUGCACACAACCCAUUUAAUGCGACCCUUGUAUUCACAUUCCCUCCCCUUCAGUCCCUCAUACACAUCAUCCCUCAAGCCUUCUCCAAACCCAAGGUGGCUAAACUCAUACACACCAGAAAAUGCGAAUGUAAUAUUCGUACAACCAGAUUGGAGCGAUCUCGAGCAAACUAUUGAGUGGUUACGGAAGCAUGAUGAUGUAGCGAGAGGGAUUGCAGAGCGGCAAAGAAACCUUCAUGUGGGAGAAGGUGGUAUUAUCAGCGAGGCUGCGGAAACCUGUUACUGGAGAGCUUUGAUAAGAAGAUGGGCGGGGGUUGUGAGGGAAAAGAAUGGGACGCACUUGGACAGCGAUCGAGAAGGUGAUGAGAGACAAUGGGGGGAUGGGAUGAGGUGGGAGAGUUUUGUUCUGACUGGGGCAACGGAUUGGGCGAGGGUUGUUUGACGAAGGAUAGCCAGUGAUU